UCCAAAAAGCGGACUGUCGGCGGACGGCAGUGACACCUCGACGCUUCAGGGUGAAGAUGUUCGGCAGUCUGUGCGCCCGUAAGUUGGCUCGCCGAUCGCGGUCCGCGUUAAUAGCCGCGCUGACAGUGCUGCUGGUCCAAACGCUCAUCGUGUGGAACUUCAGCAGUCUGGACACGGGGGAAGAGCGCAAAGACAACGGCAGAGAGAAGAGGGACCGAAUCGGCAUCAACAAAGAAUACAGCGAGAACCCGAAGAGCGGCUUCCAGAGGAGACAUCACCAGCCGCCGCUGGGCAAAGCAUCAAUUCGACACAAACAACAACCGGAUGGCUACUACUCGCACCGGCCCAAGGAGAAAGUCCGUGUGGACAGCAACAAUGAGAAUUCUGUUCCUAAAGACUUUGAGAAUAUAGACAACAGUAAUUUUGGGGUGCGAUCCCAGACGCAAAGACAAGUGCCCGGCAAGCACAAACAAAGCCUGCUUGAGAAGGCCCACGCACAGCCAAUCCUGAGCAAGAGCUCCAAUGAAGUUAUUCAGUAUGCUCACAACAAAGGCAUCUACAAUCAGACACGGACAGAGCUUCACCAGAGGGUCAAUCCGACACUCCGCCCACAGCAGUCCCAGCAGCACAGGCACCACUUCCAGCAGACCAAGAGAUCAGCCAUGCCCACCGCAGACAUCAAGUACGACCAGCCGCCCAAAUGCGAGAUCAGCGGCAAAGAGGCCAUCUCCGCACUUUCUCGUGCCAAGACCAAGGAAUGCCGGCAGCAGAUAGCUGAAGUUUAUUGCCGUCACAAAGAACGGCAGCUCAUGCCUGAGAAGGUCACUCGUUACUGCCCCUUAGAGGGCAAAGUGAAUAUGAAUGUACAAUGGGAGGAGGACUCAAUGGAGACCGUGCCUGCUGUACCAGUGCGAAUAGCCUUCAUGUUGGUGGUGCAUGGACGGGCCUCUCGACAGGUGCAGCGACUCUUCAAGGCUAUAUACCACACAUCCCAUUUCUAUUACAUCCAUGUGGACCAGCGAUCCAACUACCUGCACAGGCAGAUGGUGGCUUUGGCUAACCAAUACCCCAACGUCCGAGUCACACCGUGGCGUAUGUCUACGAUAUGGGGCGGGGCCAGCCUCCUCACCAUGUACCUGCAGAGCAUGAAGGACUUGUUGGCCAUGCGUGAUUGGCCCUGGGACUUUUUCAUCAACCUUAGUGCUGCUGAUUAUCCAAUCAGGACCAAUGAUCAGCUGGUGGCCUUUCUGUCCAAAUACAGAGACAUGAAUUUCAUCAAGUCCCAUGGGAGAGACAAUGCUCGCUUCAUCAGAAAACAGGGCUUGGAUCGGCUUUUCUUUGAGUGUGACACCCACAUGUGGCGACUUGGAGACAGAAAAAUUCCAGAAGGCAUUUCCGUGGAUGGAGGCUCUGACUGGUUUCUGCUUAAUCGGAUGUUUGUGGAGUACGUCAUCAACUCUCAAGAUGACAUGGUGACCAGCAUGAUGCGUUUCUACAAGUAUACGCUCUUACCUGCAGAGUCGUUCUUCCACACAGUGUUGGAGAACAGUCCUCAUUGUGAGAGCAUGUUGGACAACAACCUCCGUAUCACUAACUGGAAUCGAAAACUGGGCUGCAAGUGUCAGUACAAGCACAUUGUGGAUUGGUGCGGCUGCUCGCCCAAUGACUUCAAGCCAUCCGAUCUGCCUCGUUUCCAGCAAACCACCAGGCCCACAUUCUUUGCAAGGAAGUUUGAAGCCAGCGUAAAUCAAGAGAUAGUGAACCACCUGGACGUCUUCUUGUUUGGGAGUAUGCCCCAGGGCACGCCGGGUCUCAAGGCCUACUGGGAGAAUGUUUUUGAGGAAGCUGAUGGGAUUCACACCCUGUCCGAUGCACAGCUAACCCAUUAUCAUGCCUUUGCCCGAUUAGGCCUGGCACGAACUGCCAGCUCGCUUCAGGGUGACAAUAGUGACAGCAGAUGCAGGUACUUUGCCAUGGGGAAUCCUGUGUCAGUCCACAUCUACUUCCUGUCUGAUGAGUUCCAGGGUUACCUGGUCAGGCAUCACGCCACCAACCUGGCAACCAGCAAGCUGGAAACCCUGGAGACCUGGGUCAUGCCCAAGCAGUUUUUCAAGUUCACCAAUCCACCCAAUACCUUCAACCGACUACAGUUUGCAGAGAUUGGAACAGAUUGGGAUGCCAAGGAAAGGAUAUUCCGAAACUUUGGGAAGCUAAUGGGGCCCAUGGACGAACCUGUGGGAAUGCAGAAGUGGGGGAAAGGGUCAAAUGUCACUGUGACUGUGGUGUGGAUUGACCCCACCAACGUCAUAGCUGCCACCUACGACAUACUGAUCGAUGCAAGUGCUGAAUUCACACACUACAGGCCUCCUCUGAAUCUGCCACUGCGACCAGGCAUGUGGACUGUACGUGUGCUACACCACUGGAGUCCCGUGGCAGAGACGCGAUUUCUGAUCACUCCAAUGACCCACCACAAGCACCUGCCAGUACACCAAGAGGAUGCUUUGAGAAUGCACAAUGGUCCAGCCAAGAACAGCUACAUGGAGCAGAGUUUCCAUGGCCUAAACCCCAUUCUUAACAUCCCGGUCCAUCUGGGCCAGGUGGAGGCCGCAGCUCACAAUGCAGGGCUCACAGGGGAUGAACUGGAGCACUGGGUGGACAGUCUAGUGGGCGAGGUGUGGUCAGCUGUGGACGUGUGCUCCAAAGGCCCUAGUGGCUGUCCAGUUGUGCAGACUUGCAGGGAAACAGUAUGGAGCUCUCUAAGCCCUGACCCAAAGUCCCAACUGGGUCCACCUAGAGCUAACGGACGAAUCAGGUAGCAGCAUUUGCUGCCCUGAAGACUCACUUUCUUUUACAAAAAAAAUGUUUAGGUAAUUUUUUUUAUUUAUUUUCCAGCAUCGCUCAUGCAAAUAUGAGCAAAAUGCCCCCUUGUCCACUUUCAAACACAAGACACACUGGGCCAAGUGUGCACUGGGAAGUUGUUGCAGAUUAUAAAUGUGCACCUUCCGGCUGUUUUAAACUCUUGAGUGCUCUUGUGCUGUGAGUGCUGUCACGCUUCUUUCUAUUUUAUUUAUUUUGAUUACUGUGAUUUGAAUCUUUGUUAACUGGAUGCAGCGAAUGAUGCUGCUGAAUGCUGGAAUUGGGAUAUUAAGCACAGAAUGGACCUAAACACUGGUUGUAAGACCAAAAGGGAUGUUAGUGUAGUAAAGCCUCUGUAUUUGAGAGCACAAUCACUUACACUUUCUUUAAAUUCUCGAAUUAGUGUUUUUCAGCCUAUAACUUAUUAUAAGUGAGUGGUUCUCAACUGGUUUCACUUCAAAUCUCAGACUUUACAUUGGAAAUCAAGUAGGGAUGUGUAUUUAAUGUCUGGAUCAUAUUAUCUUUUACCUCACACAUUUGCUAAUGGUUUUCGAGAAUGUUGUACAACCUGUCCAUGUUGGCAUCUGCCAAUUUGGCUAGCUUUAACAAAGUGACAGUUUGACUGGAAGCACAGCCUUAACAAAAACAUGCAAAAAAUAUUCUCCUCCCUUUUUUAAAACUUGAUAGGUUUAUUUAUUUUGGUAUGAUAACUAUGCUCAAAUGUUUGGUUUGUUACAUUUUAUUAUUUGCAUUAAAAACUUUUUUUUUUAUCCUGACCUUAUCAGAACAAACUAACCCUGAUAAAAAGACCAGCUUAUCCAGCAUGCAGUUCCCAUGCUGGUUUAUGUUGGUCAGCGCUGCUGGUCUCGCUGUUUGGCCAGCAUGGUCUUUCUGAUGAGGCUAGUUUAAAAGCAAAUCACAAAAUAAACUGGUGACAUACUGGUCUUUUCAGCAGGGUAAUGGGUCGUACCUCACCAGUUGAGAACUACUGUCUUAUUAAACCAUUGUUUCAGAUAUAAUAUAGUUGUCAUGAGCACAACAUUGCAUUGGAAUCUAAGCUUUGUCAGCAUUUUGCUGGAUUGAAUGCCAUUAAAUAGUCAUUUAAAAGCCUUCAAACUCCCCUAAAAAGUUUCCUUUUUGAAAACAAAAUACUCACUGGUUGAAAAACAUCUGUUUUGAAAGAAUAUUGAGCUUUUGACAAGUAACAGAGAUCACAUUUCUUCAAGCAAGAGAGUCUGGAGUAGCAUGUGCUCUCGAGUCAGAGACUCUCUGAAGUGGCAAACUAUUGAUGUUUUCCCAUAUGAGCUGACACUGAGUUCUGUCUGUAUGCUGUUCCCCUGCAGGCUGCUGAAACUUGAAAUGGAAGGUGUCAGUUGUGCUGGCACACUGAGGAAAAAGGGAAAUUACUCCGCUUUUGUAUUGUUUUAUAAUUUUUUCCUUUCCCCCUAAACAGAGGUACGUCUGAAAGUUGCAAGUUGGCUAUUUAUUCAUGUGUUUAUAUAAAUGAAAUAGAUAUUUUUUAGUCAAUGACUAAUGUCGAUAUGCUGUUUUUUGCAGCUUAUUCAAUACCUUUUGUAAACAAGCUGCCUUUAUUUACAAAGGCGAUCAUCCCAACCAUUUAACUAUAAACAUGAGAUGCGCUACUAGUAUGGGUGUUAGUAAAGAACUUUUCCACCCCUUCACCUGAGGUCCAGCUGUUCACUUCAUAAAUGUUGAGCUCAUCGGGAAACUAACUGGAUGAAUGAUCUUAAAUAACCUAAAAAAAAUGAGAUUCCAGUCAUGCUGCUUGCCAUUUCUGUAGUCUUUUUAUACAAGACCAUGUUUGGUACUUUUGCCAUGUUUCGCUUAAAUAUUUGUAUUUGUGGACAUGAGCUGGACUGGUUGGCAGCAUCUGCACCAUGUCAACAUUGGUUCCAACAGUUACUGAGCUCAGUAGCUUGGAAGAGGCCUCAAAUGCAUUAUGUUUGGGCAUCACAUUUUCCAGAGUGGGCUGUCCGGAUUACUUGCAUCCAUGAUAAUGAUAGGGUAGCCUCUCGAAUCUGACUUUUGAUAUGUAUUUUUAGUGGGGAGAAUUGCAAGCUUGCUGGACUCUAAAGUUUGUGUUGGACCAACAUGUUCUCCAUUUUAACAAACCUUUUUAAAUGUAUGACUCCAUAUUUAAACUGGGCUGGUGUGGCUCAUUGCACUCUCUUAUUUGAGGAGCACAUCUCCUCUGGGACUCUGUAAUCCUGGCCCUGCCAGUCCUCAGAGGUGUGGUGUCCCACGCAGGGUGCACCAACAGUAAAUGCAUUGUCAUCAUGUGAUCCAAAGGAGAUUGUGACCUAAAAUUUUCAAUAAAGCGCUCUUGUCAUUCAUAUGUUUCCAGUGGGGUGCAAAAUGGGAAUGCAUUAUUUACAUUUCUUAAGCUUUUAAUGCUUGUCUAAGUGGUGUUACAUCAUUACUAUUCAUGUGUGAAAGUGCAAAUUAUUUGAUUUUCUUCAAAGAGAUAAAUUAUAUAAAAUAAUCUAUUUACAUACAGUAUGUCUCAUUGAUUUCUGACUUACUGGAGUUUCAUUUAAACUAUGAAAAAUUGUACACAUCAGUUAUUAGUGUAAAAUUUUUCUUUAGAAUUUAAUAUUUAAAAUAAUACAUACUAUCCAUGUUUAGUGUACAGAAACAAAUAUAAGCCAUUCGUAGGUUGACUUACCAAUGGGCCUUAUUUGUUGAUGCGAGCCGAAUUAAUUUGAGUUGUUCGUAUAAAUGUAACUCAGUGCAGUCAGUUUACAUAUGGAUUUGUGAUCAUGUCAUCUCCUGGCUCAUCUGAUGGUUUAAGAUUGGCUCUAGGCUACAUGUUUAUUCAAACAAUGGAAGAUGGCUGAAACCUGAUUGGAAACUAUCAUCAUUUUGUCAAUUCCAUUUGGAGCCACUAUGGUACAGAAAUUAUAUACGUCAUCUUUAAGAUGAUAAUUGCAGUGGGCGGAUCAAACCUCAGUCACAAGUAGAUGAACAUACCUCUUUAUUUCACAAUUCUUACCAUUUCAAAUGUCACAUUAAGAAGAUAUUUAUUGCACCAUCAUUCAGACAUGUCUUAUGUAUUAUAGCUAUUUUGGUAUGAAUUGUAAUGUAAAGUAUUUUUUAAUGAUCAAAGAGGUUCUUAAAGUAUUGUAAAUAAUCUUACAUUUAAAAAAAAACUGUCAAAGUGUGUCAAGUCUUGGUGUGGUGUUGAGUGGCCCUGUAGACUGUAAAAUUCUCACGUGAGCAUGAGGAGGAUUUGUGAAGGGCUUUACUAGUUUGAGUGUGUGGUUUCAGCUCUAAAUGACAUUUUUUCACCUUUCAGAGAAUCUAAUAACAGAUUGCCGUUCUCUGUGCUGGAAUGUUUUGUUGAGCAACUGUUGCACAAUUUAUUUAAAGCCCCCUUGCUAUCUCCAGUCAGAGAGGACCUCUGUGCCUUAGCUGUUGUCCUGUCUAAGGAUCUCCCAAACUUUUGUCUGUAAACAUCAAACAUGCCAUCUCUGUAUAUUUUAAUUUCUCCACAAAACCAAAAAAACUGCUGUUGUAAAUGCCUUCUGUAUCAGUGUUCUUUUGGUUUUGUUGUGCU